AUGGGUACCGUGGAGAAAGACGAAACUCCAGGCCAGGGGGCGGAGAAAGUGGUCGAGGAAGAUGCUGACCCCCAAACGUUGCCCGAAAUCGUUGAGGAAAUCAACAAAGGCGGCGAGAAACUGGUCUCUUCUUGGUACGAUCGUCUGAUGAAAGUGAGUCUUAGGGCUUUACAGACAUUUUUAAAAUAAAAAUUUUUUAGUUCCCCCCUUCUGUGGACGCAUUUCUGGAUGCCAAGAACAACGCCAAAAAUCGGUAUCCGAAUAUUUUGUUGUACGAUCGGAAUAGGGUCGUCUUGACCGAUAAGUUGGGUCCGGAUUAUAUCCAUGCCAGCUGGGUGGACAGCUAUGAUCAACCGAGUGAGUUUGAGGGCGUAAUUUUCUGGCAGUCAAACAGUUGAAGUUUUGGGUCUUAAGUAGGCCAAAAAGGAUGGUUAUAGGCGCAGCAAAGUUAUCAUUUUUGGGAAAGUAUAUGGGUUCCACUAUGAGUCCUUACGCCUUUUUUGUCAUCCCUCCUUCAAUUCACUGUUACUUUCUUUCAGAUGGCUAUGUUCUGGCUCAAGCCCCCUUCGAUCAAGACACUGAAGUGGAUUUCUGGCGAAUGGUCAAUCAGAUCAAGCCUUGUUUGAUUGUGCUUUGCACCAGUACCAAUGGAGCUGAUGGCCAAAAGCAAAUCAAGGAUUUUUGGCCGACUUCCAAGGCCGAGAGAGGUUACUAUGGAGGUGAUCUCACCGUCAAAUGCACUCUGAUGGAACCGGUGAGUUUUAGGGAAUUUGUUGGAAUACCCUUUUUUGUGCAUGUAUACAGUAUAUAUAAUAGAAUGACGUUUUAAAUUUUCCAGGAGCGAGAUUUUGACAAUUAUGAGAUGCACGUUAAAUUGAAGAAGGAGAAGACCGAUCACAAAGUAUUCAUGAUGCAGUAUCGGAAAUGGAUCUCGGAUAAUGAGAUCCCGGACAAUCUGCUCGAGUUCCGGGCCAUGCUCAAGAUCAGCGUGGCCAGAGCGGAGAAAGAGGGGCGGGGCGAUGGCCCUCUUCUGUUCACAUGUCCCAAUGGAUGUCAUCGGAGUGGAGUUAUGGCCGGAUUGGACAUUGUCAUCGACCGGAUGACGGUCGAUAAAAAGGCAAGGAGCCAUAAAACUCAUCUUUAUCCAAGUCCGGAAAUAAUUACCAAAUUUAGUCAUCAUUUACCAUCUAUUAUUUUUUGUCCUUUCUCUUUCUUAUUUCGUAUUUCCAGGUCGGUCUCCGAGAUACCGCCAUCAACCUCCGCAAGCAACGUUAUGGCACUUUCCAUCGCUUCGAAUCGUACGCUCACAUCGCAGAUAUUAUUGUCCGCCAUGCCGUCUCCUCCGGUCUUGUAAAUCCCAACUUUAUUGGCGUUAGAAAGUAA